ACCACACCGUCUGUCUGUCAAGUGUCACUCAUCUAACAAAGCUCGUGGUGCAGGCUUGUACAGGUGUGGCAGGCAGGUGUGGCGCCGAGCAAGUGUGCAGCAGGUGCAGAAAGCACGUGGUUGUGUUUACAUCUGAGUGAGCGGCGUGUGUGUGUUGCCAACUUGCCACCACACCGUCUGUCUGUCAAGUGUCACUCAUCUAACAAAGCUCGUGGUGCAGGCUUGUACAGGUGUGGCAGGCAGGUGUGGCGCCGAGCAAGUGUGCAGCAGGUGCAGACGAUGCCACUGUGCACAAUUAAUCCAGACUUGAAGGAGAAGAUGAGGAAGUUUAGGUUCCGGCGAGCCACCACCAACGCUGCCAUCAUUAUGAAAGUGGACCAGGUAUCCUCGGAGAUCAUUCUGGAGGAGGAGGUGGAGGAGCUGGAGGAUGUGGAGGCCCUCAGAUCAGCCAUUCCAGACACACAGCCUCGUUACGUCCUUAUUUCCUGGAAGAUCGAACACGCGGACGGUCGUGUGUCUUUCCCUAUGGCCUUUAUCUUCACUACCCCUAGAGAUUGCCAGCCACAACUACAGAUGAUGUAUGCUGGGAGUUAUAACUAUGUGGUGAAGGAGUGUGAACUGACCAAGGUGUUUCAAAUAAGAGACUUGGAAGAACUUGAUGAAGAAUGGAUACAGACAAACUUAAAUAAAUAGAGAGAGAGAGACAGAGAGAGAGUGAGAUAGUUAAUAGAGUGAGAUUAGUUGAGAAUUCGAUACAGAAGUAACUUAAAGAAA